GUUGUCUUCUGAUUCCCACUCUUGCUAUAGCUUCGCUGGCUCCAAAAUUCCUCACAGUCCGAUUAGUCAGCGUCGUUUACCGUUGAGGCACAUCUUGGGGAAUCAACUGGGCGGCUUCAGUUGCUGCUAGGCAGUUGUGGUGAACAGAUCAGUGUUUCCCGGACAGUUUCUCUGAUUUCAAGCUGCUAUCCUGGUCAAAGUGCUAAUCAGCUGUGCAGCCAUGCAGAAGCGCAGUGACAAAGGGCCCCGGAGUUCGGUUGAAAUCAGCCACAUGAACCUUGUGGACAUGCCCGCCCAGGAACGGGAAUUGCUGUGCAGGAUUCUGAAUGAGAACGACGUGUGGAAGGAUUUGGCAAAGCAAUUGGGCUACAAAGCGGCGGAUCUUCAGGAAAUCAAACGCAAAAUGCUGAUUGGGAAUUCCCCAGCCGAUGAACUUCUGACGAUGUGGAGUGACCAGAAUCACAACGUGACGGAAUUGUUCUUUCAUCUAGACAAAAUAAACCAGUAUUGGGCCAUGGACGCAAUCAAGAAUCUCGUGGAUCGGCGGUAUCAUCGGAUGCUGAACAGCGGCCAGCCGCGCAUAAGCGUCCUCAUGGGGAGGAUGGACAUUCAGGACAAGACUGCGGUGACUGAGGAGCAGAAGGGCGCCCGGAAGUCCACCAAUGCAAAGAUCUUGAACGGCCCAAGAGCCCUGGUCAGCACGGAGAACAAUGAAGAACAAGAGGGCGCCGAGUCGUCGGCGGGUGUGGAUAUAAAGAACUUCUCAGACUACGCCAGCACCAUUCCGCAAAUUGACUACCAAGAACUCGUGGAGGCGACGAACAGCUGGAGUGAUAAGAGUAUCCUGGGCAAGGGUGGCUUUGGCACAGUGUAUCAGGGCGUGUGGAAGUUCACGGCGGUUGCCAUCAAGAAGAUUGAAUAUCGCGGAACGGGAAAUGCGGAGGCCAACAAGAUCCAGAUGCAGCAGAGCCUCAAUGAGCUGCGCUACCUCAACUCCUGUCGCCACGACAACAUCCUCCCACUUUAUGGGUACAGCAUCAACGGCGACGAGCCGUGUCUGGUCUAUCAGCUGAUGACCGGCGGCUCCCUGGAGCAGCGACUCUUCCGGCCACUGGAGCCGCUCUCGUGGUCUCAGAGGAUCAACAUUGCCAAGGGAACAGCCAGGGGCCUUCAAUAUCUGCACACCUUCAAGGAGAAGCCGCUGAUUCACGGCGACAUCAAGCCUGCGAAUAUUCUCCUGGAUCCCUGCUGCCAGCCGCGUAUUGGAGACUUCGGUCUGGCCAGAGAAGGCCCUAAUGCUGAGGACAACUCCAUGGAAGUGUCUCGCGUGUACGGCACGAAGCCUUACUUGCCGGUGGAGUUCCUGGCCAAUCGCAGCCUCAGCACAAAGGUGGACACAUUCAGCUAUGGCGUGGUGCUAUUCGAACUGGUGACCGGAUUACGAGCGUACGACCACAAGCGCUCGCACAAAUUCCUCACGAAGCACAUCAUGUCGGCGUGUGCAGAGAACGCUUCUAUAGAUCAAUUGAUCGACAAGACCGUCCCUGCUGAUGAUAACACGAAGAGGGCGUGCUCGAUGAUAAUUAAUCUUGGACGUUAUUGCACAGCCGACAGACCCGAGGAUCGUCCUGAGAUGGUGAAGGUUCUGUCGUUCUUCAACACGAAAAUCUGCUUGUGAUGCUCAACAAUUCCGAAGCGCGACUCUUUGGGUUUUGCGGUAACAUAUAUAACAUUACAUUCUACUAGGACUUUAUAUAAAUGAUUUUCCUGUGAGAAAAGCUUGUUGUUA